AUGCACUUCACGAACGCGACAAGGAGCCAAAGGGCCGUGAUUGUCGUCAACGGCAUCAUUCGCCUCAUCCAAAUGGGCGUCGGAGUCCUCACCAUCGACCUCUAUGAGCGGGAGAAGGGAUAUUGGUUGGCUGACGACAUCUCAAGCAAGCUCACCUACGAGCUCGUGCUCGGCCCCUUCGCCGUCGUGACCGGCCUCAUCUGCGCCAUCGUUCCCCUCCAGAUCUCCUACCGCCCCGUGGCCCUGGCGUGCCCGUGGGACCUGGUCAUGUUCUUCAUGUACUCAGCAGCAUUCGGGUACAUGCGCGCCAUCGACGGCAAAUUGGGGCACCAGCCCUUCCGCACCAAAGACCCGGAUAACACCGAGCUGUUCUUCUCCCACGCGUCAGCUAUGAUGCACAAAGUCUGGGUGAAUCUGGCGGGCAUGGCCGUUUUCCUCACCAGUGGCGUCAUGGGCGCUGUCUUGAUCUGGAUCGGAAGGAGAAACGGUCGCGGCACCAAACAUAGCGCUGUUUGA